UCUGAAACUGACAGUGACAAAUAAAUUAUAUAAAAAUAUAAUAGCUCUUUCAUGUUACAAUAUCGAUAAGAUGUGGUAGUCUGAUACAAUCUAAUAAAUAAAAUGGCGAAAACUGUUAAACCAGUCCCUUGUGGUGCAACAAAAAUGCCCAUUGUAGGCCUGGGCACGUGGUUAGCUACUGAUCCGGCUGAAUUAGAAGUUGCAUUGAACACAGCUUUGGAGGUAGGUUACCGUCAUAUCGAUACAGCAGCAGUAUAUAACAACGAACAUAUAAUUGGCAAGGUUAUAAAUCAAUGGAUCUGUUCUGGAAAAUUAAAGAGAGAAGAUCUUUUUAUCACGACCAAACUUCCAAUCCAGGGAAUUCAUCGUGAUCGAGUGGAAAAAUAUUUUCAUCGGUCUCUUCAGAAAUUGGCAGUAGAGUACGUUGAUUUAUAUCUGAUCCAUUUUCCUUUCGGAAUGGCUGAAUCUUCUGAUACUGUAGUAUACGAAGAAGAAGAUCACAGAGGCAUAUGGAAAGUAAUGGAGAAACAAGUUUAUGCCUGUAAAGCUAAAAGUAUCGGUCUAUCCAAUUUUAACAAAAGUCAGGUGGCUAAUUUGCUAAAAUUCUGUGAUAUAAAACCAGCUAAUCUUCAAAUUGAGUUGCACGUUUUUUUGCAACAACCAGAAUUGGUGCAGUUUUGUCGAGAGAAUGAAAUUGGGGUAACUGCAUACUCUCCGCUUGGAAAUCCUGGUUUUAACAAAUUUUUGAAGAGCAGGGGUCAGCAAGAAAGACAACUGGUCAACGUUUUAACCAACCCCGUGGUUGCCGAUAUUGCUAAAACACACCAAAGGAGUAAUGCGCAAAUAGCAUUGAGGUUCCUAAUGCAAAAAUAUAUCGUUAUUAUUCCAAAAAGUGUGACACCUUCUAGGAUCCAUGACAAUUUCGACGUGUUUGAUUUCAUUUUAGACGACGAGGAAAUGAAAAGACUUGAAAGCCUGGAUAUUGGUGAAGAAGCUCGUAUUGUCGACUGGAAAGUUUAUCCAAAUAUUGAAAAUCAUCCUGCUUAUCCUUUUGGUAAAGGUUGAAAUCUCAUGUGUUAAUAUUUUUAGUAGAAAAUAAAUAGAAACUUACUUUUCA